UGCGCUGCCCCGGUGCUCCUUCUUUCCCUACUGAUCGCCCGCUAGUGCUAGUGGCGCUUACCUUGUUGGGUUGGCGUUGUUUUCCCCCCCAGGGCCGCCAUUUAUUGCACAGCAACGUUUGCAAUCAUUACACCCGUAGGUCAGCAUGGCGAAGGUCGCCGACAAGAAAGGCGCGCAGAGCGUCGAAGAAGAGCUCCAAGAGCUCAAUCCACAAGGAACGGCCAUCGCCGACUCAAGCAAGGAGAGUGAUAAGAGCGAAACAAGCGUUGCCUUCCAUAAUGUCCAUGUACAUGGUUUCUCGCGGCGGACCGACUACCAGAAGACGGUCGCCAGCUUCCUCUUUGCAUACGUCCAGCAAACUUUAAGCAAGAUAAGGCGCAUACCCGAAGCCCGAAUCGAUAUUUUGAAAGGCAUAGAAGGCGUUGUUAUGCCUGGAGAGAUGCUUUUGGUGCUUGGAAAACCAGGCAGUGGAUGCACUACACUUCUCAAGACGCUGGCUGGUCAGACACAUGGAUUUGUCGUUGACCAGCAAUCAGCCUUCAAUUACCAAGGAAUUUCACGCGCGGCUAUGCAUGGCAAAAUGCGAGGGAAAUGCAUCUAUCAAGCGGAGCUAGACUUCCACUUCCCGACCCUGACCAUGCGCGAAACCCUUGAAUUCGCCGCCAGUGCGCGAAAUGUUAGCUAUGACCAGAAGGAUAUUCAGCAGAGGGCGGAGUCGUCCGCCACAUUGCUAGGACUAUCGAGAGCUCUUGAUACCAAGAUGGGAAACGACCUUAUCCCGGGCGUGAGCGGCGGUGAGCGAAAACGUGCAAGUAUUGCGGAAAUCCUCGUAUGUGACAGCAACUUUCAAUGUUGGGACAAUAGCACGAGAGGACUCGACAGCUCGAACGCCCUGGACUUUGUCAAGACGCUGCGUCGGCAGACGACCCGACGCCGCUCAGUAGCUAUUGUCACACUGUAUCAAGCAAGCGAGGACAUAUACCAGCUUUUCGAGAAAGUCCUAGUCCUUCAUGAAGGUCAUCAGAUUUAUUUCGGCCCUACCCAGGGAGCAAGAUCCUACUUCACGAACCUUGGCCUCACUUCCCGUAACUGGUCCACCACACCCGACUUUCUCACUUCGGUUACCAAGGCUGAAGACCGCCUCAUUCGUGCAGACUUCCCAGGCCAGGUUCCAACCUCGGCCGACGACUUUGCAAGUACCUGGGCAUCAUCUGCAGUAGCCGCAGAGUUGCGGCGCCAAGUCAACAAGUACGAUGCAAUACAUCCAUUUGCCAACGCAGAAGCACUCAAAAAGCACGCGGGUAACAAUUCCCUCCUACCCUAUGUCGUAUCAGUUCCGACACAGAUAUCAUUGUGCGCCUCGCGAGGUUUCCUAAGGCUGAAAAACGAUUUGAAUGCUCCAAUAUCUGCACUCAUUGGAAACCUGGUCAUAUCUCUCAUUCUCGGCAGCAUGUUCUACAACAUGCAAGAGAACACAAACAGUUUCUUUGGGCGAGGAGUUCUUCUCUUCAUCACAAUAUUUCUGAACACAUCUCUCGCUGGAUUCGAGUGUAUCGCCAUCUGGGAUACUCGACCGAUGAUCGAGAAACAUCUGCGUUAUGCAUUCUACCGCCCUUUAGCAGAGGCUGUCGCAUCGGUCCUCGUAGACUUUCCAAAUAAGCUCCUACUCACUUUGGUCUUUAAUGUUCCGCUUUACUUUCUCGCAAAUCUUCGUCGGACCCCUGGAGCAUUUUUCACUUUCUACCUGUUCGCUUUGGUCGCUCUACUCAAUGGCUCGAUGAUUUAUCGGGCAAUGGGUGCAAUGUCACGCACGCUGGAGGGUUCACAACCGCCAGGCGCAGUCUUUUCCUUACUUCUUGUACUCUAUAGUGGGUUCGUCGUUCCAUUUGGCGAAAUGCGUCCCUGGCUCAAGUGGUUUUCGUACAUCAACCCAGUCUACUACGGCUUUGAGAGCCUAGUCAUCAACGAAUUCUCUGGACGAACCUUCUCAUGCGCCAAAUACAUUCCGGCUGGAUCGGACUAUAGCGAUGCACCUCUCGGUCAGAAGGCCUGCACCGCAGUUGGGUCUGCGCCAGGAUCCGACGUCACCCUUGGCGAUGCUUACAUGUUUGAGAUUUGGGGCUACCAAAGUAAACACCUUUGGAGGAACCUCGGCAUCAUGGUCGCCCUCAUGAUAUUCUAUGGAUGUGUUUACGUAUUCUGUUCCGAGUUCAUCUCCUUGCAGCCUUCGCGUGGCGAGAUUUUGCUCUUCCCGAAAAAGAAGAUGGUCAAGAGCAGGAUCACGAAUGAUGAAGAAAGCCAGCCUCCGAGUCUCACACCGAAUCAGGGUUUGGAUCAAGUGCUUGAAAAAUCGGAGGUCUAUGAUGCAGGCCAUAUGAUAGACGGUGACGCCGCUACAUUUGUCUGGAGGAAUCUGAGUUACGAGAUCAAGAUUGGUAAGACGCAGAAACGAAUACUCGAUAAUAUUGAAGGUUGGGUCAAGCCGCGGACCAUGACUGCUUUGAUGGGUGCUUCUGGCGCGGGCAAAACGUCAUUACUCAAUGUUCUCGCAGAUCGAACCACUACUGGAGUAAUCAGCGGAGAAAAGCUCGUGGCAACCCAUUUCCAAGGCCUUGCCUUCGCUCGAAGGGUUGGCUACGUUCAACAGCGAGAUUUACAUCUCAAUACUAUGACCGUUCGGGAAGCACUCGAGUUCAGCGCGCUAUUGCGUCAACCGCCCAAGUACUCUGAAGCGCAAAAGCUACAUUGGGUCAAGACUGUCAUCUCUCUUCUUGACAUUGAUAGAGAUGGCUUCGUAGAUGCCGUAAUCGGCGUGCCGGGUGAAGGGCUCAAUAUUGAGCAGCGAAAGCGGGUUACAAUUGGAGUGGAACUUGCCGCUCGCCCUGAUCUCCUGCUGUUCCUUGACGAACCGACAAGCGGGCUUGAUAGCGAUUCCUCCAUGUCUAUCAUCAAGCUCCUUCGUCGGCUGGCUGAUCACGGCCAAGCUAUUCUCUGCGUCAUCCAUCAGCCGUCAGCACCGCUGCUUUCACACUUCGAUCGCCUACUGUUGCUAUCAGAGGGCAAGUCGCUUUACUUUGGAGAUCUCGGGAGGCAAUUUGAGACCAUGGUUAACUACUUCGAACAUCACGGAGCUAGACAUUUGACUGCCGCAGAGAAUCCUGCCGAGUGGAUGAUUAAUGUGUCUAACCAGUCCGACGAAGCAGAUGGCCCCUCGAAAAACUGGGCAGAAAUCUGGAGCGAGUCGGCAGAACGGAUUGCCGCACUGAAGGAAUGCGAAGCCAUGCAAAAUGAACUCGCCCAAGCGAGUGCAGAAAACGCAGAGGUACCAUCAUCCGAGUUCGCUAUGUCACUCUGGAAUCAGUUACUUGUAGUUACCAAGAGAGCGUACGUGCACGACUGGCGCUCUCCAAGUUAUGUUUGGUCCAAGCUAUUCAGCACUUUCGGCGUCACAUUCAUCAACGGAGUCUCAUUCUGGAAGUCGGGAGUUUCUCCACAAGCUAUCCAAAACCAGGUCUUUUCGUUGUUCAUUCUCACCACGAUCUUUGGUGCCCACGUUCAGCUCAUCAUGAAGCGCUUUCACGAGAACCGCACGCUCUACGAAAUCCGCGAGCGCCAAUCGCGAACUUACUCUUGGGUCGUGUUCCUGACUUCCAACAUCCUCGUAGAGUUGCUAUCCCAGACUAUUGUCAGCGUCAUAGCUUUUGUGUGCUGGUACUAUCCGCUCGGCAUGUGGCAAAACGCACUUGCAUUGGGAGAACUGAACGAGAGAGGUGGUUUGACCUUUUUGUUUAUCUGGUCUCUCAUGAUCCUAUUCCAGACGAUGUCACAGAUGCUUAUGACGAUCAUGCCGGACAUACCGACGGGUAUCAACAUCGCCAAUUUACUCUUCAUGCUAUCCUUGAUCUUCUCUGGUGUGCUAGUUUCGCCAUAUGCACUACCUCGGUUUUGGAUUUUCAUGUAUCGCGCCACGCCUCUCUCAUACUACAUCUCCGGUAUCAUCUCCGUCGGUCUGUCUGGCGUGAAAAUUGUAUGUGCGCGGAAGAAUCUCGCACAUAUUCCAGCCAUCCCAUCCGGCGAUACCUGUGCUUCCUAUCUUGCCUCAUACAUUACAAGUAGCGGCGUACAGCUUCUGAAUCCCGACGCAACUGCCGACUGCCAGGUCUGCGAAUAUGCGAAUACCGAUGCUCUCUUAGCGACGUAUGGCAUCUAUUUCUCACAACGGUGGCGCAAUUGGGGUAUAACAGUUGCGUACAAUUGCAUCAACAUUGGACUGGCGUUCUUGCUGUGGUGGAUGGUCAAGGUACCAAGAACGGCACGGAAAGUUUAACCAAUUGUAGAUAUCAGGUGGGGAUACUAUGGGCGACUCGGUCUUUUCGCAGCCAUUUGGUAGGGUGCAUCUAAACUCCUGGGCCAGAUAUUUUUGUUUGCAACAAUUCAGCAAUCUCGCAACCUACGUACUCCCGGCUCUAUAUUCAUUCACUCUGCUGUUAUGUUCGCGUGCACAGUAGCACCGGAGCGCACACGAAAAGAGACUUGUUGUGGCUCACGUUGCAAUGCUGUACUACUUGCGCAUCCCCCACGUCGUGCGGCACAUGAUGUGGCUCCGCAUCGAACUAGGCAGCUG